AUGGGGAAUUCAUCAUGUUGCUUGCGAUCGAGGUCGUCGAGCGGAGAAGACAAGUCGUAUAAUAAUGAUGGACAGUAUAUCAGAACUAAUCAGGUGGAGUAUAUCAAUCAAGUCUUCCCGCGUGACGAAACAUCAACCAACUUUCUUCCACAUAUCAGUGAGCGAGAAGUAACUGAAGGGUACGAGGAAGAUCCAUCAACAAAUCCAACUGCUCGGCCGACGUUCAUGGAGAGGAGUAAAAGCGAAAUGAAAUUAAAAGACAAUCGCCGUUCGUGUUAUAUGCUAGACGCUUUGGCAGCCGGUGGUCAUCAUCCAGGCGUACUUCCAAGAAGUUUGAGAAAAUCCAGUAGUUGUAGUACAAUUUAUAUAGACGAUUCAACUGUCAGUCAACCUCAUUUAAAAAACACAAUAAAAUGCAUUUCGCUCGCAAUAUACUAUCAUAUUUCAAAUCGCAAAAAUCGUGGUCAUGAAAGGCUUAUGGAGAUCUUCGAAGAACGUCUUCAUCCUAUUUUCCGAGACCCUAUUCCACCAGAACAAAUGACUCGAGACCCAGAUCAUAGAAAUAUUUAUCGUUUUGUGAGAAAUCUCUUCAGUUCAGCCCAACUCACCGCCGAAUGUGCAAUUAUCACAUUGGUGUACAUUGAACGUUUGCUCAACUACGCUGAAAUGGAUCUGUGCCCAUCAAAUUGGCGUCGCGUCGUUCUAGGUUCGAUAAUGUUGGCUUCAAAAGUCUGGGAUGAUCAAGCUGUUUGGAAUGUUGAUUAUUGUCAAAUUCUUCGAGAUACAAAUGUCGAUGAUAUGAAUGAGCUGGAACGACGUUUUUUGGAAUGUCUUGAUUUUAAUAUUGAAGUGCCGUCGUCCGUUUAUGCCAAAUAUUAUUUCGAUCUCCGAACAUUAGCACUUGCAAAUGAUCUACAAUUGCCUAUCCAACCAUUGUAUAAGGAACGGGCGCAAAGAUUAGAGGCCCUCAGUCGAGUAUUCGAAGAUAGAAUUCAAACUUCAUCUCUUCCCAAACGUGCUCGUUCUGCUGAACAUCUCGUAUUAGAACAUCCUGCAGUGCUCUCAUAA